GCGGUUGACUGUAGUCUGCAGAUUGGACUCGCCACGCAUGUCUGAAUUCUUUCGCAGCGAGGAUGGGACGUUGGUCCGCGUAACUAAUUAUCAUAUUACUAAUUCGGACUGCUGCUUUUUAUUAUUACUAUCGUUUCCACCAUCCCCGACGGAUUUACAAAGCAUCUCUUCUGAGCCUGCGAGGAGAUUCAACACUUUGGACAGACUAGUGGAUUGACGGCUGAGGGGAAGCUACCACGUGGCAAGAAGGAGGAGGGAGGGGGAAGGAUGGAUAUUCAACCUGGUGGAAGAGCCUCCCCGCGGGGUUGCCGGCGUAGGACGCAAGGCCUCCCGGGCCGUUGACCUGCCGUCUGUGUGAUUUAUGGCGGUGUUGGGAGGGGGGAGGCUCCAGGCCACUGCAGACUCCUCGCUCUGGGUGCACCGGCAUCUGCAGGACGCAUACGUGGAGGGAUUCUAAGCCAGGCGUGCGUAAAUCCACGAGCCGGAUCGCUGCUUUGUACGCAGAACUCCUCCCUUGAUAUUCCUGCACUGCAGCAAUCCCCCGUCUCACGUCUGUUAGACCAAGCCGGCUGUGGCAGUGCGUGUGGAUUACCAUCAGUCAUGGCGUGUCGGCCGUAGAGCUCCGCCGCUCGCGGGGGGCGGGCCCAGCGAAAUCGAUGGAAGUAACAAAGUGAUGCUCCAGUACUGGCGCGCCCGCUCGUAGUCGGACGUUAAGACAAUCCCCCCCGGAAAGGUGUCAAGUGUGAGCCAAUAGGUGCCCCCGCCAUGGUGUUGCCGCCUCCCGAUAAACGCCACGUGUGCUUGACCACCAUUGUCAUCAUGACCAGCAUGGCCUUCAUGGACGCCUACCUGGUGGAGCAGAACCAAGGCCCGAGAAAAAUCGGCGUGUGCAUCAUAGUGUUGGUGGGCGACGUGUGUUUCCUCAUCGUGCUACGCUACGUAGCGGUGUGGGUCGGAGCCGAGGUGCGCACGGCCCGGCGGGGCUACGCUAUGAUCCUCUGGUUCUUGUACAUUUUCGUGCUGGAGAUCAAGCUGUACUUCGUUUUCCAGAAUUGCAAAGCCGACAGGAAGAGUCUGGAGACGGUGGCGCGGAAAGCAUUGACGUUACUUUUAUCCGUGUGCGUGCCCGGUUUGUAUUUGGUUCUGGUGGCUCUCGACAGCAUGGAAUACGUCAGAACUUUCCGGAAGAAGGAGGACAUGCGGAGCCGUCUCUUCUGGGUGGCGUUGGACUUGCUGGAUCUUCUGGACAUUCAAGCCAAUCUGUGGGAACCCCAACGCACGGGACUCCCCAUUUGGGCUGAGGGCCUGAUGUUCUUUUACUGCUACAUCUUGCUCCUCAUCCUCCCCUGCGUGUCGCUCAGCGAGAUCAGCAUGCAAGGCGAGCACAUGACCCCCCAGAAGAUGAUGCUCUACCCGGUCCUGAGCCUGGUCACCAUCAACAUGGUCACCAUCCUGAUCCGAGGCGUCAACAUGGUGCUCUUUCAGGACAGCCGCGUGUCCACCAUCUUUGUGGGCAAGAACGUGGUGGCCAUCGCCACCAAGGCUUCCACCUUCCUGGAGUACCGCCGGCAGGUCAAGGAGUUCCCUCACCCGCAGAACGCCAUGGCUAUGGAACUGCAACAAAACUCGGUCGGGCACACGCAGACACUGCCCAACGCUACCGCUUUGCCGCACGAACCCACUCCGGCUCAGGACGUCAUUGACACAUGACGCUCGACGUUGGAAUGAGGUUGAAGCUUCUCUAGACAGAAGAAAAAAAAAGAUGGGGGAAGGGGAAAAAAUCAUCUACAAACUUGGUCACGGGACAAAUUCAACUGGGUACCACCAUCAUGUGUUUUAAAAGUUCAGACUGCGCCGAGAGACUCCAAAACCCAACGGAGCAGGAAAUUUAUGUUGUGUAAAAAAUGUGUCCCUCUCGCUUUAAGUGUCUUCUAUUUUCUAAAGGUCACCGGUACCAGCACCAAACGAGGCAACGUUUAGCUUCCCCCGUUUCCCUCCAAUUGGGAGAAAAGAGGAGCAGACGUUGACAUACGGCCACGGCGAACCACUUGGCGCGUUGCGGCAACGGGUCGAUAGCGGCAACGGGUCGAUAGCGGCCCGACGCUCGGCCUUCGUGCGUUUGUGUUGUGUAACCUGAGGAAACCGCAGCCUCGGGCGCUUUGGAACUACGGGUUUGAUUAAAGCCAAGCACCACAGAGGCACUGCGAGCACACACACAAAGACACACAUUACGUCGGAAGAGCAUGCACACAAUUCUAUAUGCCUGCAAGUAUGUGUGCAAAUGUGUGCUUGUUUACCACAGGUGGGAGGGGCCUGGGGCGGGGUUAUUACAGGUCAUUUUGUAACACAGGCGUGUGUGUUUAUGUGUGAAGUGCAAGUGAGAUAAAAUUGUGUGUUGAUGUUUGGAGGAGAGAAAAAAAAUAUAUUUCUCAACUGUACAUUCCUCAAAAUGUGUCAAAAGUAAAAAAAGAAAUAUCAGAGUGUUUUGUUCACAGAGAUAAAAAAAAAAAGAAGAAAUUAAAUAUGUGCAACAGACUUUAGUUUCAUUCCUAAUAUUGUUGUCGUUAUGAUUACGCUGUACAUUAUCUACGAGCGG